AUGAAUAACAGACAUGUUUUACUUUGUGCUAUGAAUCCAAAUAAAUUUCGUGCUUGUCAAUUUUUAAUACGUUAUCACAAAAGAAGAAAUGACAAAAUAAUUGUUUUUUCUGAUAGUACGUUUGCAUUGGAAACGUAUGUAAAAAAAUUAGAUAAGCCAUAUAUUUAUGGAAAAACAUCUGAAUCGGAACGUAUACAAAUAUUACAAAAUUUUCAACAUAAUCCACGUAUAAAUACAAUUUUUGUUUCAAAAGUUGCAGAUACAUCAUUUGAUUUGCCUGAUGCUAAUGUGCUUAUACAAAUUUCCAGUCAUGGUGCUUCAAGACGUCAAGAAGCUCAACGACUGGGACGAAUUUUACGAGCAAAAAAGGCACAAUAG